GUCAGGGUGCAUUGGAGCGACAGUAAACAUGUUGGCCGAUGUGAUUCUGCUAUGGAUAAGCUUUUCUCUCUUCUUCUUCUUUCUCAUCAAAACCUGCAGCCCCAAAAACUUCCCAUCUAGGCCACAACCCCUCCCGAUAUUUGGCAACCCUGCUACAGUUUAAUCUGGAAAAUCCCAUGCCUGAUUUUAAAAGACAAAUGUACAUCAAGAAGAAGACGCGAGCAGUGCUGGUCACAUGCAGGCUUCUGUGAUCAUUACUGUAUAUUUUGUGAUCAUACAUUUGUAUUUCAUUUAUAAACAUUUUGUUAUUUAUAUCGCUUUUUGAAGAAAAGAUGGCGACAGAUGCAAAAAGGGCAAAGAUAACGUUAGAUGGUAAGACUGAUGUGUUUGAUCCACUGAAGAUUUUCUUGUCAUGGUGUGAUAGUGUGAAUCUGACUCUCAGUGAUAAGGUCUGCUUAAGUAAAGAUGGUACAGUUGCAGAGUAUGGCAUGCUUGCCAAAGAGGACAUUGAAGAGGGACACGUUUUAUUCUCUAUACCCAGAGAGACUCUUCUUCAUCAGGGCACCACUGAGAUCAAAAAGGUGCUUGAAGAUGGUAUGAAAUCUUUAGAGAGUGGAUCGGGCUGGGUUCCUCUUCUUCUGGCCCUCCUUUAUGAGUACACGUCUCCACACUCGCACUGGAAGCCGUACCUGUCCCUCUGGCCUGACUUUAGUACACUGGAUCAUCCCAUGUUCUGGUCAGAAGAGGAGCGGGAUAAACUUCUGAAAGGCACAGGAAUUCCAGAGGCUGUCAAAAGUGAUCUGGAAAAACUUCAUGCCGAAUAUAACGACAUCGUCCUUCCGUUCAUGAAGUCUCAUCCUGAUCUGUGGGAUCCUGAAAAGCACAACCUGGAGCUCUAUAAGAGAUUGGUAGCUUUUGUGAUGGCCUAUAGUUUUCAGGAGCCUGUAGAUGAUGAUGAUGAGGAUGAUGAAGAGAAAGCACCCAGUCCUCCGAUGAUGGUGCCCAUGGCUGACAUGCUGAAUCACAUCUCUAAGCAUAAUGCCAAUCUGGAAUAUACGCCUGAUUGUUUGAAGAUGGUCGCUGUACGACGGAUUGAAAAGGGAGAGGAGGUCUUUAAUACCUACGGUCAGAUGGCAAACUGGCAGCUCUUGCACAUGUACGGCUUUUCAGAGCCGUUUCCAACUAACGUCAAUGACACCGCUGAUGUCCAAAUGUCCAGCGUGUAUGAAGCAGCAAUGCAAGUGACACAAAGCAAAACGGACAAACAACUGUUAUCGGACAAGUGGAAGAUGCUGGGUGAGAUGGAGAUUGUGGGAGAGAAAGGGGUUUUUAUAUUCGGCCAAUCAGGUUCUCUCACCUACAGUGAACUCUACACAACACUCAAGGUCCUGUGCAUGUCGCGGCAAGAGUUCGAGGAGUUCCGUGAAAACGAAGGUUGGGAGGACGAUGAAGGUGAUGAAGAUGAUAAAAUGGAGCAGGCUUUGAAUUUCGAGAGACUGAUGGAGUUGAAGACAGAGUGGAAACGUCUCUUACACGCAGCGGCGAGACUAACACUGAACUCUUAUUCUGAGGAUGUGGAAACUGACAGAAGACUGUUGGAGGAUCAAGAAGCUCUGGCUAAACUCAGCAGCAGAGAGAGAAGAGCCCUGCACGUGCGGUACGGUCAGAAGAGCGUCCUACAGCGUCUGGAGCAGCUCACCAAACCCAAAGACUAACUAAAUAUAUUAAAAUAAUUCAUGUGCAUACUGGGAAAUGCUCUAUUAUUGUGAAGACAACAAAAUGUAUAUGGUGGAAAUUUGUAAACUUUGAUUAUUGACUUUCUUUUUUCUGAAUUGUGCCCCUGUCUGUAAAAUCCAGUCUAUUAGGAGCAUCAAAAGUUUAAUUUCGCUCAUUAAUUUCAAUCUUUGACUCAAUCAGUCAAUAUUAAAGAUAUCAAGGUUA